ACUUUGGGGCAGAACUUUUGGGAUCGCCGGCGGGCGGAGCGUCCCGCCGGUGGGGAUGGCCGGGCUUUGGUGCCAAUCCCCGCGGUUUUGGUGCAUUUUCACCCCAGAGGAAGUCGAGCAAAGCCAAGGAGAAGAAGCAGCGGCGGCUGGAGGAGCGCGCGGCCAUGGCCGCCGUCUGCGCCAAGGUCGAGGCCGCCAACAAACUCCAAGAUCCCCUCGAGGCCUUCCCGGUGUUCAAAAAGUACGACAGGAACGGCCUGAACGUGUCCAUCGAGUGCCGCCGCGUGUCCGGCCUGGAGCCCUCCACCCUGGACUGGGCCUUCGAGCUGACCAAGGCCAACAUGCAGACGCUGUACGAGCAGAGCGAGUGCUGGAAGGAGCGGGAGAAGCGGGAGGAGCUGCGGGACGAGCGCGCCUGGUACCUGCUGGCCCGCGAGCCCGGCGCCGGCCCCGUCGCCUUCUCCCACUUCCGCUUCGACGUCGAGUGCGGCGACGAGGUCCUGUACUGCUACGAGGUGCAGCUGGAGAGCCGGGUGCGGCGGCGGGGCCUGGGCAAGUUCCUGCUGCAGAUCCUGCAGCUGGUGGCCAACAGCACGCAGAUGAAGAAGGUGAUGCUGACCGUGUUCAAGCACAACCACGGCGCCCUGCAGUUCUUCCGCGAGGCGCUGCAGUUCGAGGUGGACGCCAUCCCCAGCGUGUCCGGCUGCUGCGGGGACGAUUCCUCCUACGAGAUCCUGAGCCGCAGCACCAGAUUCGGGGACCCCCACCCGGGGGGGCCCCUGCGCCGGCUGCUGCCACUGAGCCCCCCCAAAAGCAGCCCCGGCCCGGCCUGGCGGGACCCCGCGGGCGGGUGACAAAACGCCCCUUCCCCCCCCUCCGGCAGCAGCAGCGCGGCUUUUGGGGCGGAAGGGGAUUUUUGCGCUGGAUUCUUAUUUUAAUUUUUAUUUUAUUUUAUUUUUUCUUUUUUUUUUUUGUGUUUUUUUUUUUUUUUUUUUUUUUAUUUUCAGCCGUUCUGUUUGUACGGGAUAAAUAAAAAACGAGGAAACUUUAA